UCAAUUUUUGGUGUCCAAAAUUCGUAUGAAGAAAAACAUUUCUGCAGGGUUUAUCCUCUUCCUCUCACUCUAGACUAGAGAGAGCGUGUCAAAUUAUGGUGUAAUUCUGAAAUAAAUUCUUCGAAUUCCAGAUUUGUGUAGUCUAUCCGGUCAGAAAUGGCCAUCGGCGCCGUUAUAUCUCACCGGAACUUCACAUCUUUCAUCAGCUCAGGUAGAAUUCAUAAACCUGAACAAGAUACAACAUAUCAAAGAGCUGAGAAAUUAAGCUUUUCUUCUGCACAACAUGUGCAUAGGAACAUGUAUUCAGAAAAACUAUAUAGUCUAAAGAAGAUCCACUUUGUUUCCGGAUACUGGAAUGCCAUAUCUUCUCAUGGUGUUCAUUUUUCAACGAUCCCACAAGAAAGCAAAAAGUUCCAAAUCAGAAAUCAUAGACGAAUAGCAAGAUGCAAUUGGAUUAAACCGGAACAGCUAAAACAUAACAGUAUAUUCAAUAGGCAACCACGACAUACUACAAUUAAUAGAAUUCGGGCAAACUAUAAAUCUGAGGAGUAUGACGUGGCAGGAACAGAUUUGGAUUCACUUGUAGUAUCAUCAGAAGGAGGAGCAAGUGAGGCUGUUUUAGUUGGUGAAAUACAAGAAACAAAUCAGUUUCCAAAGCGUUGGGUGAUAGUACUUCUUUGCUUUUCUGCAUUUCUGCUAUGCAAUAUGGACCGUGUGAAUAUGAGCAUAGCAAUACUGCCUAUGUCAAAGGAGUUUAACUGGAACAGUGCUACAGUUGGUCUAAUUCAGUCUUCUUUCUUCUGGGGUUAUUUACUUACUCAGAUUGUUGGAGGCAUAUGGGCAGACAAAAUUGGUGGUAAACAAGUACUUGGUUUUGGAGUGAUCUGGUGGUCGGUUGCAACGGUUUUAACUCCAAUUGCUGCGAAAAUCGGACUUCCUUUCCUGCUUGUCAUGCGUGCCUUCAUGGGAAUUGGUGAGGGUGUUGCAAUGCCUGCUAUGAAUAACAUACUCAGCAAAUGGAUUCCUGUCUCGGAAAGAAGUAGAUCAUUGGCAUUGGUGUACAGUGGAAUGUAUCUAGGCUCUGUUAUCGGUUUGGGUAUAUCUCCCAUUUUGAUUCAAAAGUUUGCAUGGCCAUCUGUAUUCUACUCCUUUGGUUCCCUUGGAAGUGUCUGGUUUGCUUUCUGGCUGGCCAAAGCUCAUAGUUCACCAACAGAUGACCCUGAGCUUAGUGCAGAGGAAAAGAAGUAUAUCUUAGGUGGCAGUGUCUCAAAGGAACCCGUGACUGAAAUUCCAUGGAGACUUAUAUUAUCAAAAGCACCUGUUUGGGCUCUCAUUGUCUCCCACUUUUGUCACAAUUGGGGAACUUUUAUUCUUCUCACAUGGAUGCCUACUUACUAUAACCAGGUCUUAAAGUUUAACCUUACUGAAUCCGGACUGUUAUGUGUAUUGCCAUGGUUGACCAUGGCUGUGUUUGCCAACAUUGGAGGUUGGAUUGCAGACACACUUGUUAGCCGAGGUUUUUCAAUUACCACUGUUCGUAAGAUAAUGCAGUCGAUCGGAUUCUUGGGCCCUGCUUUCUUUCUUACACAGCUGAGCCGUGUCAAGACACCUGCAAUGGCAGUGCUUUGUAUGGCUUGCAGUCAGGGAUCUGAUGCAUUCUCUCAAUCGGGCCUUUACUCCAAUCACCAAGACAUUGGACCCCGAUAUGCGGGAGUCUUGUUGGGGCUGUCUAACACAGCAGGAGUACUUGCUGGAGUCUUUGGUACAGCUGCAACUGGUUAUAUACUCCAGAAUGGUACGUGGGAUGAUGUAUUCAAGGUGGCAGUUGUGUUGUACCUCAUUGGGACUCUUGUUUGGAACCUGUUUUCCACUGGUGAGAAAAUUCUAGACUGAAUUAUAAUCGGAAUAGGGAAUUUAGAUAAAUUAAAGGCUAAAAUGGGGCUGUGACUGGUUUGCGUAAUUAAUUCACGUACCAUUUACAUGGAUCAUAUAUAUAUUUGGUAUGAUGAAUCAUGUCAACAUGCAAAAGCUGUUGUUAUAUGUAAUGAAUGUGUUGAGGCUGUAAUUUUUAUUUAUUUUUAAUUGUAAACACAAAGACAAGAAGAAAGACAGGGACAUAUCAAAUCAGUCGAAAAUUGUUUACAAUUAAUAAAUUGAAUUUGUCCUUCAAAAA